UAUGAUAAAACGGAACGCAACCUAAUUGGAUCUGGAUUGAUUGGAUUAACCCGUCAAUUCGAAAACACGUCAUUAGUUUUCUCUCAAGAAAGGUUCGGCAUCUAUGAUUUUUUAUGUCCAUGAUUGUAUACAUAGGUCAUCAGCCAUUAGGCACAAAAAAUAUCCACAUCUGAUCUGUAUAUUGUUGAUCGACGACGAAUUUGACGGUUGAACAAUUUCGAAGAGCUGCGGAUUACAUCUCGUGACGCUAAUCGAGACACACGCUUAAUAUAUUGUAAGGAUCGCAACAACAAUUGCUGGUAUAACAUGUAUCGAUUAGGAAAAUAUCUUCGUUGAAAGUUCUGUAGAGAUCAGGUUAGCGACGUAAUCAUGAUACGGACAAACAGGAAGAGAAAUCGCAAUAUAGAGGAGGAAUCUAGCGAAUUUAUGCCAUUGAGCAAACGAAUCAAUAAUCUUCAUAUCAAUAGUUUAUCCGGUUUGCGAGAGAACGUAAUAGAGAGCAGAAUGGAAAGCAUGGAGACCGAUUGGGAAAGUGGAAAUUUUAUGUCAUCACCAAGCUGUUCUCAAAAUUCAUCACCUAGGGGCAGCUGUGGUUCUAGCCAAAGUAAUUUUAACAAUGAUUACAGACCGGAUCUAGAUGCGACGGAAAAUCCUUUUUAUUAUGAAAGCAAUAAGUUGCUCUUUUCCUUAUACAUGGAACGUAUGCAGCGGAGAUUGGAUCUGUAUUGAAUAUGUGUGCGUCGCUGGCUUUAUCCUGCCUGCAAAAUAUUUUCUUGACAUUUAACUUGUUAUUUUAUUUGCCAUAUUUUUUUAUGCCAUAUACUUGAAGAGUUUUCAAUCUCUCGUUACAUCAAUCGUGUAGAUAUUAGCAAAAUAUAUUAAUUUAUCGGCAAAUAAAUUAACAAAAUUUUUGUAUAAGUGUCGGCAUUUUUUUCAAUAGAUAUAGAAUUCAUUAAUGUAAUUAUAUAAAAAUAUUAGAUUUUUAAUUAGCGUAUAUAAAAUUUACAUCUAACCAGAACUAUGAAUUGUCUAUGCAACAGAAUUGAAAGUUUGAUUAUAUAGUUUCUUUUAAAUUAUGCUAAAUUAUUACAUGUCUUGAUAAGAUAUUUACAUCAAGAUGCUCUCUUGACAUUUGUAAUGCAAUAUGCAGAAUUUCUAUGCAUGAAAUUUUGUAAAAUUGUAUAAAAGAUUAAGAUGAUGGAGGUACGAAUAAAAAAUCACAGUAAAUUCAAUUGAAAAUAAUACACAUAUAUGUAUAUAUUUUGAUAUAGACAUUGUACAUAUGCACAAGUAAAUAUUUGAGGAUGCGAUUUAAAGAUUCAAAAGUACAUUUCGGACACACAUUUUUCAUAUAAGUGCGUGCAUUUCAAUCGAGAAGGAUAGCAGCACAUUCGAGAUAUCGACUCUCGACUUAACCUCGCUGGAGCAUCCGCUAGGUGCGUAAAAGUCAUAAUUGUUCCGCGAACCGCGAACGUGCGAGCAAUUGGGAGGGAGAAAAUUGAGUGAACUGACAGGUGUUUCGAUAUUGUCCGGAGAGAUAUAAUUCGGCGCGAGAAUUUUGCGAAUGCGCGUAUGUAUAUAUGGUAUAUGCGGGAAUAAAAGUUCGAUCACUUCAAUCAAGUACGCGCAGGCGCUACGUUCUAUCCUCGUGAUCCUUCGCCUUCCCUCUUUCUCUCGCCCGUAAUUCUACACGUAACCGCGCGCCGCCAUAGUUAAUAUUUCAGCCGAUAUAUAGAGAAUAUUAAUAGCGCGCGCAUUUCCGAGCGUCGUUUCGAUCGAGAAAGAAA